AUGAACAUUAAUAUUCAUAAGAAGAUCAGAGUGAAACUCAAAAUAUUAAGUUUAAAAAUCUAGAGAAGUAAUAACUAGAAAGCUCAAAUGGUUUCUAAUAUACUGUUCUGGAUUAGAAAGAUCCUAGAUAUAGAAGUUUCAUUAGGUACUCUCAAGAGUAGAAUAUCGAAACGACAAGUAGAAAAACCUAAACUUAAGAGAAUUAUUCAAAUUAAAACGAAAAAAGAAAACUUGACAGAGAUUCUAAUUGCCCAAAUGGAGAGCUCUAUAUAAAUUGGAUCGGAAAAAAUGAUGGAAGUGACAUUGAGACCAGAGCCUUGGAUAUAGAAAAUGCUUCUUUGCGAGAAUGGAUAGAUUUGGCAAUCCGGUUGCUGUACCGCUACAAGUGGAAACUCGAAUAGAGUAAGUGCACUAAUUGCCCUUCUUGAUGAUGACUUGAGUAUUUCACCUCUGAUCAGAAUUUGGUCUAAUUCAGGAGCUACAGGCACACCAGACUAAGAAGCAACUGAUGUUGACACCACCUCAGAUGGAGGCAUUUUUGUUACUGGAUUUAUCUAGAACGCAUUUUCUUUGGGCGGCUACGACUGUUUCAUUUUGAGAUUAAAUUACACUCUCGAUGUUAUCUACGCAAAGAGUUUCGGCACAUCAACAGACCAUGAAUAGUGCUACUCAAUCUAGGUGACUAGGAAUUACGACUACAUUUAUUUGGGAGGAAUAAAGUAUUUGACAGUAGGACCCACUAAAAGAGAAAUGAUAUUCUACAAAUUUGAUUCCUAUGGAGAUUCAGGAAUAGCAAAAUCAUUAAUGCCAACUGGUACUGAAAAUCUUUCUUUGAAAAGAAUAAUGUUGACAGAGAGAAAAACUUUCUCAGGAACAAAUGACAAUAAUGAGCUUUAUUUCUGUGGCUAUACCGAUACUAAUAAUGGUGAUAUUCUAGUAGGAACAGUGACAUCAAAUAGCUUAAGCUCUAUAAGUAUUAGUGUUGCUUUUAGGUAUGGAUCACCUUAAUAUGAAACUAUUGGAGAUUGUGCUAUGACAGAGGAUAAUGCAUAUAUAAUCCUGCUUUUUAAUACGAAUCAUCAUAUGGAUAGAAAAUCUUAUUCAACAACUACAUCAACUAAACCAAUAGAUUAUAAUCUUGUUUACAAUGCUAUCAACCCAGCUGAUUAUAAUAGUCCUUAUGUUAUUACUGGAGGAUGCUAUAGUGCAUGCAGUAGGAGAGCAACAAAUACAUUGAUUGCAAGUCAUCAUACUAGCAUCAUUAAUUACUGUGAAGACAACUUAUUUAACUAAAUUGAUGACUACAUGACAGACUAUCGUAAUGGCGACAUUUAUAGUUGGACGACUUGCGAUUUCUAUGUCUUUGACUACAAUGCUGUUGAUUGCAGUAUAGAAAACGUAAGAUUUUCUGAGUGUUCUGAUUGGUCAGGGACAUUAGGCUCAUCCGAUGACUACAUUUCUAAUGGAGUUAAUGCUGCAAAUAAUGAUUGCAAGUGGGCCCUUUCAUCUAUUAAUACUGAGAAGCCAUGGUACUCAACGAAUUGUCGGAAUGACUAAUUCAAGAAAAAUGUCUACGAGCGUCUUUUUACUACUUAUACCACUACCACAUAGAGAUAUAGUUUUUGGCCUUACAUGUUUUGUAUUGACAAUGAUGGCACUUAAACUAAUAACUAUUGUACCUAUGAUGACAUUAACCUUAUUUUUGAGCAAGAUUGCACUGAUGAUACCAAUAGAGGAAGUUACUACAAUUGGUUUAUUAUUAAAAUCUAAGUCUCAACAUUUGUUGCUGGUAGCAUGAGUGCAUUUCCAUUAGAGGCAGCUUACUUCGGUGAUAGGGAUGGUAACACCGUUGGUUACUCUAUUGCAGUAGAUGAUUUAGGAUUUAUUUAUAUCACAGGCACAACAGAUUCAAAUAGACUGGGUGCUGUUUCUAGUGAAAUCGUCUGGCUCUAUGCAAAGACUCAUUGGAGAAUGACAUUUGAAGCUAGAUAUAAGUAAACUAAUGCUCUAUAUAAGGGAGUCUCUGAAUAUCUAGGCAAAAGAUUUAUCAGACCUAAAAAGUAUACAAAUAACGACAACCCUUUCUAUCCUUCAACAAGUACAACAUUUUCAUUUACCCACAAUUACCUGACUGAAUCAUCUGUAAUUUCUUACCAAACUUCAGAUGCAUCUAUAUCCUCUCACUAGAUAAAUGAGAAAAUAUUCACACUUAGUUUUUCAUAGCCUGUAACUCUUAUCACACUACAUAUUUACACAACUGGAUUCUUAACAGAUAAAGCUAUGACCAAAUCUUAAAUGGCAGAUUCACAUGCUUCCAUGUCUUAAACAGAUCCAAUCAGAUUUGUUAAGACUUCUACCUUUACCUAAUAUGCUAAUUUACCAAAUAUAUGCUUGCAUUACACUGAUGCAGGUUUCGACCCAACUAGCUUAUAUAAAAUGGAUUUUUACUAAAAAGGUUACGAAACUUCAGGCACAGUUUCAAGCAUUACUAUUACUUCUACUAGUGAUGUAUCUUCAUAGAGUUAUCUUUCUCUUGCAACAUCUAUAAAUGAAGGAAUACAUUAUCUCUGGAUUUAGGGAAACAGUUUAAGUUACUAAUACACGACAACUUAUGAUUGCCCUAAUACUCAUUACGGAUAUUAUGCUGAUAACUAUCUCUUUAGAUCUCAGAGACGUUAUGAGACCUCACUUAUAGUUAAAGUAAUAGUAGACGAUGAGACUUUAUUUCCUCCAGAAAAUAAAUAAAAUAUUCCUGAUAUUGCACCUGUAUUAGGAUAGAAGUAUUCCAUUUCAAAUAUAGACAGCUAUUUUACUACAAGUUGUAGCUAUUUCAAAGUAAAAAGAAAUAAGCUUCUUACUGCCUCAACAUCUACUAAUUUUAAUUCAACUAUGAUUCCUUACUGGAUGAUGUUUUAUGAGUAAAAUAAGACAUUUGUUAUGUAUCCAGAAAGCCUGGGUGAUAUCUACAUUGAUGUAUUUUGCUAUAAUGAUAUUGAGGAAUAUGCUAUCAAUACAUUCUUAGUAAGUCCAAAGGAUACGACGCCUGUGAGCACUUUUGGGACUGGUAUCACACCAUAUACGAUCUAAUAUGAUAAAUAUGGGGCAGUAGGCUAAUACUUCUAAUGGUCAAUGACAACGACUUAUUUUACAGACGCAGAUACAUCUAGUGAUGCACUAGAUACAACUUACAAGCAUACAGAUCAUACUGUGUGGUUGACAUACACAACACCAUAUAUUAGUGGAUUUAAGCAGAUCAAAUGGAUGGGUAUGAUGUUUGGAUAAUCCUUUUAAACCACUCUAAAUAACAUUGGAACAAAGACGUUUAACUAUUAAUAUUAGGACCAAUAUAGCCAGAAUUCAAUACCCACUGCAACAUUUUCAAUCAAGAUCAAUUAAAUUCCAUCUCCAUAAACAAUUGGUAUAAAUUACAAGUUUUCAAAUAUAGAUCCCACAGAUGGAUUACCUACCACAUACUUUGAUGAUAUAUUUCCCUGGGUUAAGGAUGAUUACUCAAAUAUAAUUAAUAUCUUUUCAGCCACUUGGUUUACUGAUCCCGAUCUUGAUACUCUUACUUAUUCUUUGACAAUGAGUGAUUCUACUGACAGACCACUCUGGAUUGGAUUUGAUAAAGGCACCGGUGAGCUAAGAGGCUAUCCAAUGGUUUCUGAUGCUAGUAGAUUAAUGAAUUUGAAGUUCACAGCUUUUGACACUAAAGAUGGUUCAUAUUCUUUCUACAAAACUCUGUUAGUAAAUGUUAAGCCCAAAAAUAGAGUAAUCUAUAAGGAAGUAAGAAUUGGAAUAGAUAGAUACUAUGCUUACAAUGUUUCUAAUCUUUUCUAUGACCAAGAUGGAGAUCCACUUAGUUUCUCAAUUCCUGACUCUAAUGAAUUGAGCAGCAUAAGAGAAAUAGGGCUAGAUUUUUACCCAGCAAAUAAACUGCUGGCCGGAAAGCCUUCUUAGUUAGGGACAACUUCACUAAUUAAAAUAUAAGCAAGCGACCCUCAUGGGGAAACAUCUCAUAUUUACUUCACCAUCGUAGUUAAGGAUUAUAGGCCAUACCAGAGAAGAAAUGUACAGCAAUAUAAAGACUAAGUAGUGACUCAGGGCUAAUAUUUCUACUUUACACAGCCCAAUCUUGUCUUCUAUGAUCCUGGAGAUGAUGAACCAUUAGUUGUAUACGCUUCAACCUUGGAUGAUGAACCACUUCCUACAUGGCUUCAUUUCGAUCCUGUAAGCAGAGGAUUUUAUGGAGUGGCUCCCACAGUAAUGACUUUAAAGGUUUAGCUCAGAGCAAUGAACUAAGUCAGUCAUGAUUCUAAGGCUUUUGCAUUUAAUCUUAAAGUUGUUCCAAAUUAUAACCCAAAGACAGUUGUAAGGCACUUCAGCGACGACUUGACUAUUUACAUUAAUGAUUGGUUCAAUAUUUCACUUGAUAUUUAACUUUUCAGAGAUGUUGAAAUUAAUAGAAAUGCCACAAUGUCUAUGAGGGGAAGUUACGGUAUCGAUUUGCCUUAAUGGAUUAAAUUCAAUGAGGACAAUAGAACCAUUUUCGGAUAGGCUACUGACUAUGGAGUUUUUAGAAUAGACAUCUAAUAUGUCGAUGAUUUAGGAUUAAAAACAUAUUUCAAUGUCAAAUUGACUGUACUCAAUCAAGUAAGAGUAGAUCCAAGCAAGAUCAAAAUAAACUACGUGCUCUUUUCAAUUACUGCUAUUGGCUUUAUCAUCUAUAUGGUUUACUUAGUCCACUUCAACUUUCAGGUUUACGUAGCUCAUAAAAAAUAAGAUGUAAAAGAAAGAGGCAUUAAAAAUGCCAGAAAGAGAUUUGAAAAUUAUUAAGAAAUUGAAGUAUUCUAUCAUAUGCCUUUGACAAAAUCUUAUGUUGAUUAAUCAAGAUAGAAAUAUAUCAGAACUGUUGAUAGCCAAGAGACAGAAAAGGAUGAUGAUGAGGAUAUAAGAGGUCUCCAAAAAAGACUUAAAAUUAUAAGAUGA